AUGGGAGACGCCUACGAACGUGAGCAGUACGACACUCUCCUUUCUACCAUCUCAGGGGCAGCCCAAGAAAUGCAGCUACAAAACAACGCCCUCCUGAACUCCCUGUCGUCGAAAGUUUCGGCUCUCAAAUCCGUAACCAUCGAUAUUCACGAUAAUGCUCGAGAUCAAGACACUCUAGACCACUCGAAUCAGGUCUUCUCUUCCCUGUCAACGAGCCUGACAGGCAGCGCCAGCCGCUUGACCCGCAUGGCACGUCAAGGCGAUACCGUCGCCGUUUUGAAAGUAGCCGGAAUCGUUAUCGCUAUCGGCUUGGCAUUAUGGGUGAUACUGGGAUGGAUUUUCUGA